AUGUAUGACAACAUAAAAAAGCAAAGAUCAAUCUCACAACUUCACUACAACGACACCAUCAGUACAAUAACAAAUCAACCAAACAAUGCUUCAGUUUCAAUACCUGAUAUACUUUCAAAUCUUAAAUCCAAUUUUGAACACUUUAAAAAUUUAGAAUUACCAUCACCAUACCAAAUUAAUUUCCAACAUCAACAACUACCUCCAAAAGAUCAAAUCGAUGGAUUAUCAAAUCAUAUAAAUUACCAAAUUGAAUUUUAUAUACUUUUUAAAAAGUAUAAUGAAUUAGUCAAUGGAAUAAAUGAAACAAAUUAUGAAUUCAAUAAGACAAAGUUAAAAAAUGAACAAUUAAUAAAUCAAUUAAUAGUUGCACUAAAUGGAGAUCUAUCACUACUCAGCAAUGUUAAUUGCAAUUCAAGUGUUGAUGAAGAAAAUUCAAGUUCAGAUUUUCUAGUUGAUAACUUUUUAAAUCAUUAUACUACUUCCACACCUAGGUUUAAUAAAAAUUUUGAAGCUGAUAUAACAUCACUUGGUACAAAUUCAGAAAUUAGAGAUAAUGAAGUAGCUGCUAAAUUAGAAAAUAUUUUUAAUCCCAAGGAAGAAUUUGAAUCUACUAUUGGAUCAUUUGAUUAG